UAGACUCGUUUGGAUCGGUUUGUGGCGGGUCGAGCUGAUUUGAAGAGCUGCACUGUGGACGGUGCUGGUGGUGCCGUGGCGUUGGUGUUGCCCAUUAGCAAGAAAUUACGUUUCGUUACGGAAAAAUUAACACUUAGUUUGCAUUCCCAACUGCAUCCAGGCAAGGCACUUCCUAAGUGAUGCCAACGGAUGGUUCAUGUUUCGUGACGUUGCCAAUCUUCCUAAGUGCGAACCUUCCAAGCUUCUCAACAAACUGAGGCGAAUAGGUGUGUGUAAACAGUUUGUGUGUGUUUGUACGUUCGAGCCGGCAAAAGCAAUCUUCCAACACGUUUACGUCCUCGAACAGGCCCGAAUGCAAAAGUUUGCUUCUCAACAGUGACGCCAGCGCAGGCACGAUCAACACCAGCACGCGUUGCCGAGUGCCUACGGUGACGACACGCUACGGGGGUAAGUACGACCGAGGGCAUCGCAAGUGAACGACGGCUCUACGGCGGCAGCAGUAAGGCGGCCGCGGGUUGACCCUUCCGAGCAUUCUUAGCGCUCACCAACACGCGAAUCGCGCUACGCUUCCCGGCAACGGCGCCGUUACCUAUUUUCUGCAGAAUCUCUCGCAUCAGUUCGCAGCGAGUCUCCGAGCGAAGACGUACGCAACGCUCGCUACCGGAGCACAAGUCUUUACCCCUUCACGAUGGCUAUCGAUCAAAAGCUGGAGGAGCUGAUGGGAUUGCUUGGUGACUUUGGCCGGUACCAAGCAUUCCAAUUCGUGUUACACCUGCUAGCCGCCGUAACGGCUGGUCUGCACAUGCUAUCGCUAGUGACAGUUGCCGCAGUCCCAGAGCACCGCUGUUUCAUAGAAGCACUAGAUUCGGCGUCCGCAACAUCGAACGGAACUAUUCUUCCAAGUUUCAGCCAGCUUGCAAGCUACAUUCCGCUAAAUGCUGAUGGAGAGCUAGAAUCGUGCCUGAUGUACGAUCCACUCGCAGCUGACAACGGUACAACUGUUUCAUGUAGCUCGUACGUGUACAACAACACCUACUACCAGUCGUCGCGCACGAUCGAAUGGAACCUGGUAUGUGACAAGCGUUGGAUGGGCGCACUCGGACAAACGAUCUACAUGUUGGGCGUAUUCACCGGUGCCGUUUGGUUGGGUGGACUUGCCGACAAGAUUGGCCGCAAGAAGGUGUUUUGCUGGUCGGCACUAAUGCAGCUGAUUCUCGGUGUGGCCGUAGCGUUCACGCCAGAAUUUAUCUCUUUCCUGGUGUUGCGUUAUCUGUACGGAAUAUUCGGCAGUGCGGGAAGCUACAUCACCGGGUUCGUGCUGACGAUGGAGCUGGUUGGACCGAGUAAACGUACUCCCUGUGGCAUCUCCUUCCAGGGAGCGUUUGCCGGUGGCAUCAUGCUGGUUGCUGCCUGGGGUGCUCUAAUUCCCGACCGAAUGAUCCUGCAGGUGGUGUAUGGUUUGCAUGGGCUACUGCUGGUGGCGCACUGGUGGAUCAUGGACGAGUCGCCCCGCUGGCUAUGGAUGCAGGGUCGCAAACGAGAAGCAGUCAAUAUUGUUGAUCGAGCAGUUCGCAUGAACGGACGUGGCAUGAACGUGGACAAGGAGUACUAUCUUGUGGAAGACAAGACUGCGUACACCGAGGAGGCGAGUGCUACAUCGGCAGGACUUGCCGAUCUUUUCAAAACACCGAAUUUACGCAAGAUGACGCUGAAUGUGUGCCUAUGCUGGUUCGCAAACUCGAUCACAUACUAUGGUCUUUCGUUGAGCGCUGGCAAGCUGAGCGGUAAUCCGUUCCUUAUACUGUUCUUGAUGGGUCUGGUAGAGUUCCCGAGCUACAUCUCCAUCAGCUAUCUACUCGACAAGUUAGGUCGCCGUUCCAUCACAAGCUCGCUGAUGAUCGUCGGUGGUAUAUGCUGCAUCGUAGCGGCAUAUCUGACGCGUGGCAGCACCGAAUCCACAUCGAUUGUCAUGUUCGGUAAACUGUUCAUUGCUGGUUCGUUCGCCGUCAUCUACAACUACUCGGCCGAAUUGUUCCCAACCGUCGUGCGAAACUCCGCCAUGGGACUUGGUUCGAUGUGCGCUCGUUUGGCUGGUGCCAUGACGCCCAUGAUCACACUGCUCGAUUCAUUCGAUCCGAAAAUCCCAGCCGUGAUCUUUGGUGUCAUAUCGCUGAUUUCAGGCACUUGGGUUCUGUUCCUGCCCGAAACUAUGGGUAAACCUAUGCCGCAGAGCUUGAUGGAUGGAGAAAACUUUGGCCGUGGAGAUACUGCCUUCUCAAGCUGCAUGGGUCGCAACAAAACGCAUACAGAGGACUUUCCUCCACCUCAACAGAUGGUGCCACUCCGGAAGAAUAGCCGAUAAACUGUACUUCUGUGUGAUUUUAAGCGGAGAGUGUAAAGAUGAGAGUAGAGAUUUUUUUUAGUUAUGUAAGAAACAGAUUAACCUCAAAUACAGCAUUUGCAGGCCUUUAAAUGUAUUGAAAGAUAAA